AUGGUUGCUGGAAGGAAUGAUGAUGUGCUUGCGGAGGUGUUGACCAUGUUGGUUGGUGGCAUUCCACAAAUGAAUGUUGGUGAUCGGGAACGCGGUGCUGAUGAGUUUCGUGCUUUGCGGAAGUUCCAAAGGAACAAUCCACCAACUUUUGAAGGAGCUCAUGAACCUGAUAAAGCUCAAGAAUGGUUGAAGGCGAUUGAGAAAAUCUUUCGAGUUAUGAACUGUUCGGAUGCGCAGAAGGUGCAGUUUGGCACUCAUAUGCUUGAGAAAGAAGCUGAGGAUUGGUGGCGCAACAUUGUUCAGAGAUUUGAUGAGGAUGCUGAGUAUGCUGCAAAUUUUGAGGAGUUGAUCAAAUUUUGUCCCCAUUACAAUACUGCUAAUGCUAAGAGAUCUAAGUGUCUUAAGUUUGUGAAUGGCUUGAGAACUGAUAUCAAGAAAGAAAGGGGUUACCAACAGAUUACGAGAUUUUUUGAGUUGGUUAACAAGAGUAGGAUCUAUGAUGAGGAUAUCCGUGAGAGUGUUUCUCAUUACAAGUCCUUGCAUGAUAAGAAAGGAAAAUGGAAAUUCCGAGGGAAGUCGUGUGAUGGUAAGAAGAAAGCCGGUGAUGGCAAGAAGCCGAGUGGGGGAGGAUCUCAUACUCCUAUCAAGUGCUUCAGAUGUGGUGUUGAGGGACAUCGUGCUCCCGAGUGUCCUAAGGGCGAUGUGACUUGUUUCGAGUGUGGCAAGCAAGGUCACAAAUCUUUUGAUUGCAAAGUUGGUUCGAAUGUGACUUGCUACAAUUGUGGUGAGCAAGGGAACAUUAGUACCAAGUGCAACAAGCCGAAGAAGGAGAAAGCCAAAGGGAAAGUGUUUGCAUUGUCCGGUGUUGAUACUUCUGUUGAGGAGUGA